UCAUGCCGAUUAUUUUAAUCCCAUGGGAAUUUUGCUUACCUUACUAUUUUCCUCAGGACAAUACACCUUUUAAUAUCUUAUAAAAACCAGGGAACACCCAUUCAUUUAUCAUGCUUGGAAAAUGGGGAGGGCAAAAGUUUGAAGUCUUUUUAUUGCUUGGUGUGGUGUGGUGUGGUAAACAUGCAAAUGCCGUGAUUCUCUCAUUUUCUCUUCAAACAACCCCCUCCUUUUCCUCCGAAGAUAGGUCUGAUCAUAUCCUUGCAGGAAAAAAGGGAUCAUCAAGUGAACUAGCCUAAAGUGACCGAAUCCCCAGGCGUUUCAGAGUUAAGAUUAGUGGCUGCCGGUGCUCGGAACUUCUUCAUUAUUUUUAUUGGUUUCGAUGGAUACUUGAUGUCAUUAGGGAUUCAGGUCUCAUCUGCUUACACUGAGCUCAUCUGAAGAGCAUUGGUGAUGGAGCCUGAAAGAGCAGAGACAUUACAGACGGAGGCAGGACUGGUUCAGAGCUUAUAAAGCAGGGAGGAGGGAGAGAGCACUUGGGGAGUCUGACUUCACAGCUCACCAGUUGAGGGAGAGGGAGAGAGAGACACGGAGAGAGAGAAAGAGAGACAGAGAGGGACUCUAAAAAGCAAGAAUUCUGCUGAUUUCCCUAAGUGAUCAUGAAAACAAUCAUCCAAGUCUCUUUCGUGCUGCUUCUAAUAACUUUUUCCAAAUGUGCAGUGAUCACCGGGGCCUGCGAGCGAGAUGUGCAGUGCGGGGCCGGGACCUGCUGUGCCAUCAGCCUCUGGCUCCGGGGUCUCCGGAUGUGCACGCCCCUGGGACAGGAAGGAGAUGAAUGCCACCCGGUCAGUCACAAGGUCCCUUUCUUUGGAAAACGUCAGCACCACACGUGUCCCUGCCUCCCAAAUUUGCUGUGUUCCAAGUUUCUGGAUGGCAGAUACCGGUGUUCAGUCGACUUCAAGAACAUAGACUUUUAGCGAUAAAUCCAGCCCGACAGAGACGUUACAUUUCCAGCCCCCUGCUGCUGUGCUUUCCCCGGGACCCCACCCUAAGCUCCUCCCUGCUCGGUCCCUCUCAGCUCUCAAGCAUCUUGCUUCACCUAUCAAAGUUCCUGCCCACCCUCCCCUCCCGGCCUUUGGGGGAGGGAGGACUCUUCCAUUUAAGCCCGAGUAUGCCCUAAUGCCAUGGUUUCCCCAAGGUAUAGGAAUGUCGAGAUGACUUUCCCAGUUCAUCUGACCACAUCAUUUUCCCACUGGACCACGCUGGGAUCGGGGAAAGCCCGCCCAGAGGUGGAAGCCUGAUAAAGGACAGGAAAUGGAAGUGACGUAAAAGAAGGAUUUGUGCUUCCCCGGUACCCUUCCUGCUGGUGAAUAAACUGAUGUUUUCAGUGGCCUCUA